CGGAAGUUCCGGCGAGUGUGUGUGUGUGUGUGUUGGUGCUUUUGGACAGAUGAAUGGACAAUAUGGAGGUGACACUGGACUCUAGGAUGCAGUGCAUCGUGAUCCUGUCCAGUUCUAAGUAGAAAUGGAUGGCAUGGUCACUCGAAAAACAGUUGACCGGAAGUUCCAGCGAAGGAUUGUGUGCUUUUGGACAAAUCACUGGAUAAAUAUGGAUGGAUAUGGAGCUUUUGCAAUGAUUAUGGAUAUAUAUACGGAGGUGUCAUCAUUCAAGACUCCAGAGCAUCGAAAACGUCUUCAGUUCUAGCUCAAAAAUGCAUGACCUGUGGGCUAUGGUCACCCCAAAAUCUAGUUGACCGGAAGUUCCGGCGAGUGUGUGUGUGUGUGUGUUGGUGCUUUUGGACAGAUGAAUGGACAAUAUGGAGGUGACACUGGACUCCAGGAUGCAGUGCAUCGUGAUCCUGUCCAGUUCUAAGUAGAAAUGGAUGGCAUGGUCACUCGAAAAACAGUUGACCGGAAGUUCCAGCGAAGGAUUGUGUGCUUUUGGACAAAUCACUGGAUAAAUAUGGAUGGAUAUGGAGCUUUUGCAAUGAUUAUGGAUAUAUAUACGGAGGUGUCAUCAUUCAAGACUCCAGAGCAUCGAAAACGUCUUCAGUGUGCGUUGUGUGUUCCGUUUGGCUCACGUGAUUGAAAUUGAGACAGCCAGGACACCAUGAUUGUCAACAUGCCCGUCAAUGGCACGGGCAGUGCAUCCAGCCCCACAUCGAAUCCCAGCAAUAACAACAACAACAACAACAACAGCAACACCACCAAUCAAAAUAAUAGCAACGGCAACCUGGCCGGCGAUUACAGCUUCCUCAAGCGCAAGUACGACGAUCAGGAGGAUCUGGCCCUGGGCCAGGACUACGAGCCCAUCGAACCGUCGAACCCGUGGAAGAAGCGGCACCUGGACUACGAUGCCGGCGAUCUGCAGUUCCACCUGCAGCUGGAGCACCCGGCACCCGGCCAUCCGAAUCCAUCGACUGCCGCCCCCGCCCAAGCCCAGUCCUCGGCCUCCUUCAUCAACGAUCUCUUCGCCUACGACAGCAGCCUCCUGGUGCCCGCCGCCGCCUACUCCCACUGCCCCCCGUCGAGUGGUCCGCUCGAGGACAACGGCGGCUGGACGGGCGGCGAGCUCCUGGAGCUGGACCAUCGCUAUAACUCCGGCCUGCAAGCGGAGCUGGGUCAACUGAAUGCCACGCUGCCGCCGCCGCCACCAGCCACUCCAUCGUCAUCAGCCUCAUCAUCAGCAGCAUCGGUAUCAGUAGCACAAUCGCAGCACCCAACGCAGAACCCCCAGAAUCCCGGCCAGAAUGCCAAUCAAAAUCAGAAUUUCCUGGUGCCGCACAAGCAGCGGAUAAUGUCGGCGGGCCGCCGCACUUCAUCCGGCUCGGGAAGCGGUGGCAACGAGGCCACCGAGGCGGACUUCGAGGAUAAGAACCUGUCCUGGCUGCUGAACUUCAAGUUCGACGAGUUCCCGCACCUGUCGCCGCACAACCAGGGCCACGGACAGGCGGUCAAUCUGCCGGAGGGCAGUGCCCCUCCCCAUCCGCCUCCCGCGACGGCGGUGGCCAUCAGCACCUCGCCCUGCAGCUCAGCCUCGCCCACAUCCGCCUCCGUCAUAUCCGCCGCAUCCGCCACGACCUCGAAUCACUCGCUGGGCGCGGGGAUGAUGGAUCAGCGUGCCAGAUCGCCCAAGAGCUGCUCCGGUGCGGCGAUGCCAACGAGUGGAGGAGGAGGAGGAGGAGGUGGUGGUGGUGGUGGUGGUUGCCCUGGAGCAUCUGGAGGUCCAGGAGCCGGAGUGGGCUCCAACAAGACGGGUCGCAAGUUCGAGGAGCUGGUCAUGGAGGUCACCUCCGAGCUGGAUGGCAACGACAUGAUCGUCGCCGAGCACGUAGUCGUCGAGGAUACAUCUUGCAAAGCGCCAAAGAAACCACCGUUCACCUACACGGAGCUCAUCGAAUACGCCCUCGAGGACAAGGGUGAGCUGACUGUGUCGGGCAUAUACCAAUGGAUAUCCGAUCGCUUUCCCUACUACAAGUCCAAUGAUGAUCGCUGGAAGAAUUCGGUUCGACACAAUCUCUCGAUUAACCCACAUUUUCGCAAGGGCGUUAAGGCACCCCAAGGAGCCGGUCACCUGUGGGCCAUUUCCAGUGGAGAUUCAGCGGAGAACGUGCUGGCCUGGGAGCAUAAGAAGCAGCGCCUGGACUUGUUCUUCAAAAUGGAGUCGAUCAACCGAGAGCGCAUACAGCAGCACCAGCAACAGCAGCAGUUGCAGCAGCAACAUCAACACCACCAGCAGCAGCAGCAACAGCAACACUCGCCGCAACAGCAGCAGCAACAUCAGACGGCACAGCAGCAACAUGCAGCACAGGCCAGCAGUUGCCUGUACGACGAAGCGGCGGUGGCAGCGGCCACUCUCACCCAGGAAAUGAUGCAUUCGUCCGGAGGAUCAGGUGGUGGUGGCGGUGGCAGUGAGGCCAACCAGCAGCAGCACCACCACAGCCACCAGAGCCACCACAACCACAAUCAUCACCACCAAAGACUGUUGCCCUUCAACGAUCUGCUCAGCGACGAUGAGCUGCGAAAGACGGCGGGUCAAAUCCUGAAUGGCAUCCAUCGCGAGGUGGAGGUGCAGUCGGUCAACUCCAUCAUCAGCACCUACCACGAUGUCCUGCUGGAUAAUGAAGACUAUCUGAAUCCCAUUCACAAGGAUGUGGUGGUCACGGAAAGUGUCCUGCGGCAGCACCACGGAAACCUUGGUGGCGGCGGCAACCAUUUGGGAGGCAAUGGCCAUAUGGGCGGUGGCAGCGGCAGCUCGCAGUACUACAUCACGGAGAUCGAUCCCAUGGAGCUGGGCAUCCAGAUGUCGCACCAGGUGGAGCCCUCCGAGGAGGAGGUGCUCUUCAGCGACGAGUUCAACCUCAACUACUUUGGCUACAAUCCCGGCAGUGAUAUAGUCGCUUGACCGCGCAGACAACAGAGCCCAGUGUCAGCUCCUCCAGCUCCCGCUCAGCCAAGCAAUUGAAAAACAUAUCGCUCGUAUAUAUCGCCCGAGCCUGCUCCAUGCCAUCGUAACAAUCGUAAUUGUAGCCGAUCUACUCAUAAGCCAACUCUAAACGAAUACUAGUCACACUUGAACAACACUUACAUGUAACCACCUAAAAACCAAAGCCCCCAUUUACCAUUUACUAUUUAGACCCUAUGUAUAGUCUAGUCUUGAGUGUACCAAUACCCUCCCCCUCCUCCUAACAUAUUUUUUUUGUCUAUACUUUAGUUAAAUACAUAGUCGAUAAGUAGCUUGCUAGCCCUAAGUACUUAAUCGUAUAACAAUGUAUCUAACUGCAGAUAUAACAUACAUACUUAGCUCUUGCUCGUCUCCGAAUUUAGUUAAGUGUUUUUACAUGUAGCCGAAUAUCCGUAAACAAUACCAGGCAGAUUGAUCUCUCCCCUCUCCUCUAAUAUGUUACCAAAAACUAGGGCUAGAGAUCAGACAAGAUAAUACUCAUGUCCGUAGAACUAAUGGCACCCAACUGGUUUUAUUCAUUAUGGCAAAAUAAACCUUUUUUUUUA